AAAGGCCAUGGUUUCCUCUCAAUUGGUACAAUUAUUGUACUGGAAUUCAUAGUGACCACUUGGAAUCUUUUUAAAGCUUGAUAAGCCACGUUGAGGAAAAGUGGGCCUUUUCUGCUCUCAAUCUUUAUCUGAUGGCACCAGUUGAGAUGGACACAUCAAAAGGCCAAGUUCCGCCUUCGUUACAGUCAAUCCGAUCAUUGCCUUUUGAUUUCAGUUUUACAGAGAAGUCUCAUAUCACGAGUAAUGGAAUUUCUUCUGUCAUUCCUAACAAUGACGAUUUUUCUGGUGGGGUUGAGGAAGGCUUAGACAAGAUGGAGCAGAGUAAUGAGGAAUCUCCCUAUAGUAGUAGGACCAUUUCUUUGGAAGAGACUGAGAGGCCUUCUGAAGGUGAUGAAAACUUGGAUUCUGCAACUUCUACUCUGCCUACACACUCGCCAUGCCAUAGCGAUCCCAGGUGGAGUGACACUAACGCUUAUGUUGCAGCCAAGAAGAAGAAGCUUCAAUCUUGGUGUCAACUGCCAAAUGGUGACUGGGCAUUGGGGAAGAUUUUGUCAACUCCAGGGACUGAGUGCGUUAUUUCCCUUCUGGAGGGGAGAGUUUUAAAUGUCAAUGCUGAAAGCCUAUUACCUGCAAAUCCUGAUAUCCUUGAUGGUGUAGACGAUCUCAUGCAGCUUAGUUAUUUAAAUGAACCAUCAGUAUUGUACAAUCUUCAAUAUAGAUACACUCAAGACAUGAUAUAUACUAAAGCAGGACCAGUGUUGGUUGCCAUCAAUCCCUUUAAAGAAGUCUCUUUGUAUGGAAAUGAUUAUAUUGAAGCAUAUAAGUGUAAAUCUAUGGAUAGUCCCCAUGUAUAUGCAAUCGCAGAUACAGCUAUCCGUGAAAUGAUACGAGAUGAAGUCAACCAAUCAAUCAUUAUAAGUGGUGAAAGUGGAGCAGGGAAAACUGAAACAGCAAAGAUAGCUAUGCAAUAUUUGGCUGCACUUGGAGGUGGUAGUGGAAUAGAAUAUGAAAUUCUGAAGACUAAUCCCAUAUUGGAAGCCUUUGGUAACGCAAAAACAUCAAGAAAUGUCAACUCAAGUCGUUUCGGUAAGCUCAUUGAAAUUCACUUUAGUGAAACUGGAAAAAUCUCUGGUGCCAAAAUUCAGACGUUUUUACUUGAAAAGUCGAGGGUGGUCCAAUGUGCCGAGGGUGAAAGAUCAUACCAUAUAUUUUAUCAGCUCUGUGCAGGAGCUCCACCAGCACUUAGAGAGAAGUUGAAUUUAAGGAAUGUAAACGAAUACAAAUAUUUGAGCCAGAGCAGUUGCUUUUCUAUUUCUGGGGUCGAUGAUGCUGAACGGUUUCACACUGUUAUGGAAGCUAUGGAUAUCGUUCAUAUUAGCAAAGAAGAUCAGCAUAAUGUUUUUACAAUGCUUGCUGCUGUUUUGUGGUUGGGUAACAUAUCUUUUAAUGUGAUUGAUAAUGAAAACCAUGUUGAAGCUGUGGUGGAUGAAGGUCUAAACACUGUUGCUCAACUGAUUGGAUGUACUGUUGACGCACUAAAUGUAGCUUUGUCAACUCACAAAAUGAGAGUUGGAAAUGAUAAUAUUGUCCAAAAGCUAACGCUAUCUCAGGCAAUUGACACAAGAGAUGCUUUGAGCAAAUCGAUCUAUGCUUGCUUGUUUGACUGGCUGGUUGACCAAAUCAAUAAAUCGCUGGAAGUAGGCAAGCGGCGUACAGGCAGAUCCAUCAGCAUUCUUGACAUCUAUGGCUUUGAAUCGUUUGAUAAAAAUAGUUUUGAGCAGUUCUGCAUAAAUUAUGCAAAUGAGAGAUUGCAACAACACUUCAAUCGCCAUUUAUUCAAAUUAGAGCAGGAGGAAUAUAUCCAAGAUGGCAUAGACUGGACAAAGGUUGACUUUGAAGACAACCAAGAUUGUCUAAAUCUUUUUGAGAAGAAACCAUUGGGUUUAUUGUCUCUGUUGGAUGAGGAGUCUACUUUCCCAAAUGGCACUGAUUUGACAUUUGCUGACAAGCUGAAGCGGCAUCUGAGCACAAAUUUCUGCUUUAAGGCAGAGCGAGGCAGUGCUUUCACUGUCCUCCACUAUGCAGGACAGGUAACAUAUGAUACAAUUGGCUUCUUGGAGAAGAACAGGGAUCUAUUGCAUUUAGACUCUAUUCAGCUUCUGUCGUCUUGCACAUGCCAACUUCCUCAGGCAUUUGCAUCCAAUAUGCUUAUGCAUUCUGAGAAACCAGUGGUGGGUCCUUUAUAUAAAUCAGGGGGAGCAGAUUCCCAUAAGCUAAGUGUUGCGACAAAGUUUAAGGGGCAACUUUUCCAACUGAUGCAACGCCUGGGGAACACAACACCUCACUUCAUUCGUUGUAUCAAACCCAACAAUUUGCAGUGUCCUGGAAUCUAUGAACAGGGACUCGUAUUGCAGCAGCUAAGAUGCUGUGGAGUCCUUGAGGUGGUCCGGAUAUCAAGAUCAGGUUACCCUACUAGGAUGUCUCACCAAAAAUUCGCAAGAAGGUAUGGUUUUCUUCUUCUGGAGAGCGUUGCAUCUCAAGAUCCAUUAAGCGUUUCAGUUGCAAUUCUUCACCAGUUCAAUAUUCUGCCAGAGAUGUAUCAAGUGGGCUACACAAAAUUGUUUUUCCGAACAGGACAGAUUGGUGUGCUUGAGGAUUCUAGAAAUCGUACUCUCCAUGGAAUUUUACGGGUCCAGAGCUGCUUCAGAGGUCAUCAGGCUCGCUCAUAUGUUAAGGAACUCAGAAGAAGAAUCACCACACUGCAAUCAUUGGUUCGGGCUGAGAAGACCAGAAAGGAGUAUGCAACCUUGGUAAAAAGGCAUAGAGCUGCUGUGGUUAUACAAAAGCAGUUAAAAGGCAAAGUUGCCAGGAAAAAUUUCAUUAACAUUUGUGAGGCAUCAGUAUUGAUACAGUCAGUAAUUAGAGGCUGGCUUGUUAGAAUGUGUUCUGAAGACGUGGGUUUGAUAAACUCAACCAAGAAAUCUGAAGGCACAAAGGUUUCUGAAGCAGAUGAGGUACCGGUGAAGGCAUCAGUCCUUGCAGAGCUACAGUGUAGAGUUCUAAAGGCUGAGGCUGCUCUGAGAGAAAAGGAAGAGGAAAAUGACAUCCUCCUGCAACGGCUCCAGCAGUAUGAGGGUCGGUGGUCUGAGUAUGAGGUAAAGAUGAAGUCAAUGGAAGAAGUAUGGCAGAAACAAAUGAAAUCCCUACAGUCCAGUCUGUCCAUUGCAAAGAAGAGCCUAGCAGUUGAUGAUGCUGCUAGAUCGUCUGAUGCCUCAGCCAGUGUGAGUGAUGACAGAGAGUACAGUUCAGAACUUGGAAGUGACAAUAACAAUGGCCAGGAGAGCAAUGGGGUGAGAUCUGGUUCAUGGGGAAUAGAAAGAGAAAUGAGUGCUGGUUUUAGUGUUAUCAAUCGGUUGGCAGAAGAAUUUGAGCAGCGGAUUCAGGUAUUUAGUGAUGAUGCCAAGUUCUUAGUGGAAGUGAAGUCGGGACAGGCAGAGGCCAGUAUAAACCCAGACCAAGAGUUAAAGAGGUUAAAGCAGUCAUUUGAAUCAUGGAAGAAGGAUUAUGCAUCAAGAUUACGGGAGACAAAGGCGAUUCUACAGAGGUUUGGAAGUGACAGAGGGAGUGUUGAGAAUAUAAAAAAGAAGUGGUGGGAAAGGAGAAACAGCUCGAGGUUCAGUUAAUUAUGAUCCAUAUUUAGGUUAUCAGUAUCUCAAUUUAAUUGCUCGUCCAUUGGAAUUGAGUGAAAAGAAACAUGUGUUGAUAUUGUUAUAGCAGUUCAAAGGAAAGGGGUGCUUUCAGUAGCAUUUCAAUGCCCAGUAAGUUGUAGUGUAAAUGCCUGGAGGAAGUGCUGUUGUUCUGUUUAAAGAAACAGAUUCUCACACAAAUGAAUGGAUUUCUUUUCAUCUUGUAUCA